AUGGGUAAACCUGUCGAAGACCUGGCCGUGAUCCCCGGCGAUGACCUCCCUUGGUGGAAGCACGCACACUUGCGGAAGCUCAACUUCAUCACAUUGUCUAUGGUGUUGUUUUCGUCUGCCAACGGUUACGAUGGAUCCAUCAUGGGCGGUCUCCUCGCCCUACCUCGAUGGAACGCCUUUACGCACAACCCCUCCGGCGCAUACCUUGGUUGGAUCACAGGUAUCUACUGGCUCGGAAACGGUAUCGCCUUCCCCGUCGCCGCCAUGUGCUCCAACCGUUGGGGUCGUAAGCCUGGCAUCUACGUCGGAUACUUGUUCCUGGUUCUCGGUGUCGUCAUGCAAACGGCAGCUCAAAACGAAGCGACAUUCACCUACUCCCGUCUCUUCAUCGGUAUCGCCGCCUCGUGGCUCGGAAACUCUGCCCCUCUCUUGAUCAACGAGAUCGCCCACCCAAAGCAACGAUCUAUCGCCAACGCUCUGUUCAUGGUCGGCUGGUACUUUGGUGGCACCCUCUGCGGUUGGGUCACCUUUGCCUGCCGUAACAUUGCCUCGGACUGGUGCUGGCGUAUCCCCGUCGUCCUUCAGAUUGUCCUUCCCUUCGUUGCCUUGCCCGGCUUCCUCUUGUCGCCCGAGAGUCCCCGUUGGCUGAUUAGUGUUGGACGUGUCGAGGAGGCCACCGAGAUUCUGGCCACCCACCACGCAGGUGGCAACAGAAACGACCCCUUGGUGACCUACCAGGUUGUUGAGAUUCAGGCAACCAUCACCGCAGAAAAGGAGGCUUCUUCUAGCGCUUCUUAUAUGGAUAUGAUCAAGACACCAGGAAACCGUCACCGUCUCUUUAUUUCUGUUACUCUCGGUAUCUACGCCCAAUGGGCUGGUAACGGCGUGGUGUCAUACUAUCUCCUCAUCCUGAACUCGAUUGGAGUCACGUCGGUUACGAACCAGACCUUGAUUUCAGCUUGCUUGAACGUCUGGAACCUGCUGUGGGCAAUCGCUGCCGCCACCAGCGUCGAUAAGCUGGGUCGCCGUUUCCUGUUCUUGACUUCUGCUAGCGUCAUGUUGGUGAGCUUCAUCAUCAUCACUGGCCUCAGUGGUUCUUUCGCCACGACCCAGUCGUCAGCAAUCGGAUCCUCGGUCAUCCCAUUCUUGUUCAUCUUCUUUGCUGGAUACGACAUUGCCAUGACUCCCUUUCUCACGGCCUACCCUUGCGAGAUUUGGCAGUUCAGCCUUCGAUCCCGGGGUCUCACCGUCACCUGGUGCUCAACCGUCAUCGCUAUCUUCAUCAACACCUUCGUAAACCCCAUUGCUUUGGAGGCUAUUCACUGGAAGUACUACAUCGUCUUCAUCGUGAUGCUUGCUCUUCUUUGGAUCACCGUCUUCUUCGCCUACCCUGAGACUCGCGGACACACCCUGGAGCAAAUGGCUGUCAUCUUUGAUGGCGAUGAUGCUGCGGUGCCUCCUGCAGCUGCUGUGAGCGAGAAGACUGAGGCUUUGGUUACUCAUGGAGAUGAUGAGGAUAAGAGACAGUACCAGAGCGAUGCUGAACACAGAGUUUGA